GUUCCAUAUUUCAGGGUGUGUUUUGCAGAGGUGUCUGAUAACAAAUAAAGGUUUUAAUAUGGCAAAUCAGAUAAUUAACACUCAUUUUGGAUGAGAAUGUAGCCGGACUAAAGCUUGUUCCUCGGCAGAGCUAACAUUAGCUAGCUUAGGUUGCUAACCAGCUCCCCUACCAACAGCUGGAGGCAGACAGCUGUCAACACGGACACCGUAACAGUGAUAAUCUAAUUGGAUGAAAGCGCCAGUAGCAGAGAAGAGACAUCUACUGACAAGGCACUCCCCCUAAUUUAACAUCAGUCAGGUGAGGGUGCAAAGCACUGUGAUAAACGGCCCUCGUUAUGGAGUUGGCUCACAGUCUGUUGCUAAAUGAAGAUGCCUUGGCCCAAAUCACUGAAGCAAAGAGGCCCGUCUUCAUCUUCGAAUGGCUUCGCUUCUUGGAUAAAAUUCUUGUGGCAGCAAAUAAGGUGGAUGUGAAGGAGAAGCAGAAGAAGCUGGUGGAACAGCUGAUAGGACUGAUCAGCAGUGCCCCUGGUCCACCAACAAGGAAACUACUGGCCAAAAACAUUGCUACCCUCUACAGCAUUGGUGACACCUUCACUGUUUUCCAGACUUUGGAUAAAUGCAAUGACAUCAUCAAAAGCAGGGAUGACACACCUGCAUACUUGCCAACAAAACUUGCUGCAGUGGCAUGUGUUGGAGCUUUUUACGAGAAGAUGGGCAGGAUGCUGGGAAGCUCCUUUCCUGACACCAUUAAUAAUCUGUUGAAGGCAUUGAAGAGUGCAGAGUCCCAAGGCAGAGGAGAGAUCCUCCUCAGCCUGCAGAAGGUGCUUAGUGGACUGGGUGGAGCUGCAGCUUCAUGUCACAGAGAUAUCUACAAGAAUGCACGCUCCCUGCUCACAGACAGAUCCAUGGCCGUGCGCUGUGCAGUAGCAAAGUGCCUAUUGGAGCUGCAGAAUGAGGCAGUAUUCAUGUGGACUACAGAACUGGAGAACAUGGCCACCUUGUGUUUUAAGGCCCUGGAAGGAUCCAACUAUGGUGUUCGGGUAGCAGUGGCCAAACUGCUUGGGACAGUCAUGGCGACUGCCCUGAUGCCCAAACAAGCAGCUGUGAUGCGCCAGAAUGUGAAACGGGCCACUCUGGAGGAGGUGUUGGAGCUCAUGGCCACAGGCUUUCUGCGUGGUGGAUCUGGCUUCCUGAAGAGUGGAGGAGAAAUGUUGAAGGGUGGCGCCUCUGUCAGCAGAGAGGUGCGGGUGGGCGUCACACAGGCCUAUGUCGUGUUUGUGACUACACUUGGUGGUCAGUGGCUGGAGCGCAACUUUGCCACAUUCCUGUCCCAUGUUUUGGACCUGGUGUCCCACCCGCGGGCCACACAGACACAUGUUGAGGCUGUGUACUCACGCCGCUGUGUCUCCUUCAUGCUGCGUGCCACUCUGGGGGGCUUACUUGGAGAGAAAGCACAGAUUGCUGCUGGCAAAGAAAUCUGCCAAGCCAUCAGCAAGCAAAUGAGGGCUGUGGAGGCGGUUGUGAAUGACAUCAGUGGAGAGAAUAAGGCGGGGGCAGCUGACGUCUCUGCCAGUCAGCAUGUUAUGGUGUGCGCACUGAAAGAGCUAGGCAGUCUAGUUCAGAGCUUGAGUGCCACAGCUUCACCACUCAUCCAGGAGCCUUCUAUAGGACUCCUUGAAACUGUGACUUCAGUGCUGUUGCACCCAAGCAUGGCAGCUCGUUUGGCGGCGGCCUGGUGCCUGCGCUGUGUUGCUGUGGCCUUGCCCUAUCAAUUGACCCCACUGUUGGAUCGUUGUGCAGAGAGGAUCAACAACCUGAAAAGUUCACCUGAGGCUGUGAGCGGCUACAGCUUUGCAAUGGCUGCUCUGCUGGGAGGUGUACACCAGUGUCCACUGGGUAUCCCCCACUCUAAGGGCAAGUUGGUGGUGAGUAUAGCUGAAGACCUCCUGCGGACAGCUGCUCAGAACAGUCGAUUGUCCCUGCAGCGCACACAGGCUGGAUGGCUGCUGCUAGGGGCCCUUAUGACUUUGGGUUCCUCUCUCGUGCGCUAUCACCUCCCCAAGAUGCUUCUACUGUGGAGGAACGUGUUUCCUCGCUCCCAGAAGGAGCUGGAGGCAGAAAAGGCAAGAGGAGACUCCUUCACCUGGCAGGUCACCCUGGAGGGCCGCGCUGGAGCACUGUGUGCCAUGCGUAGUUUUGUGGCCCACUGCCCUGAGCUGCUUACAGAAGAUGUGAUCCGUAGACUGAUGACUCCCAUUGAAUGUGCCAUGACCAUGAUGUCUCAUGUCCCCGCUAUCAUUAAGGUCCAUGGUGCUCACUUGAAAGCAAGUGCAGCAAUGGUGAGGCUCAGGUUGUACGACAUCCUGGCUCUGUUACCUCCCAAGACAUAUGAAGGCAUCUUCAAUGCUCUUCUGAGGGAACUAGUGGCUGAGUUCACUUUGACAGACAACUCGGCCAACACCACCACCUCUUUGCUCCGCUCUCUCUGUCACUAUGAUGACAGUGUGCUCAUGGGCUCCUGGCUACAGGAGACUGACCACAAGUGCAUAGAAGAUCAACUACAGCCCAACAGUGCAUCUGGCAGUGGAGCUCUGGAACACGAUCCCUCCUCCAUCUACCUGCGUAUCCCUAUAGGUGAAGCCAUCCCGGGGCCUCUCCCUUUGGGUGUGUCAGUCAUUGAUGCUUCAGUGGCUCUGUUUGGUGUGGUUUUCCCCCAUGUCUCCUUCAAACACAGGCUGCAGAUGCUAGACCACUUUGCAGAGUGUAUAAAGCAGGCUAAAGGAGUUCGACAGCAGGCAGUCCAACUAAACAUCUUCACAGCGGUGCUUAGUGCUCUCAAGGGACUGGCCGAGAACAAGAGUACUCUGGGCCCUGAGGAGGUACGUAAAUCAGCACUGGCCCUGGUGAUGGGAGCAUUGGACAAUCCCAACCCCAUCCUGCGCUGUGCUGCUGGAGAGGCCCUGGGCAGGAUGGCUCAGGUGGUGGGAGAGGCUGCCUUCAUUGCCAGAAUGGCACAGACUAGUUUUGACAAACUGAAGUCAGCCCGCGAUGUUGUUUCUAGGACGGGCCAUUCACUGGCUCUGGGCUGUCUGCAUCGAUAUGUUGGAGGAAUUGGCUCUGGCCAGCAUUUAAAGACCAGUGUCAGCAUCCUAUUGGCCCUGGCCCAGGAUGGGUCCUCUCACGAGGUCCAGACAUGGGCUCUGCACUCUCUGGCUCUGAUUGUCGACUCCAGUGGUCCCAUGUACAGAGGCUAUGUGGAACCCACCCUGUCCCUGGUGCUCACCCUGCUCCUCACUGUGCCCCCGUCUCACACAGAAGUGCACCAGUGUUUGGGCCGCUGUCUGGGAGCUCUCAUCACCACUGUGGGACCAGAAUUACAGGGAAAUGGAGCCACUAUCUCCACCAUCCGCUCGUCCUGCCUGGUUGGAUGUGCCAUAAUGCAGGACCACUCUGAUUCCCUUGUGCAGGCAGCUGCCAUCUCGUGUCUGCAGCAGUUACACAUGUUUGCUCCACGCCAUGUCAACCUGUCCAGCCUGGUGCCCUGUCUCUGUGUGCACCUGUGCAGCUCUCACCUGUUACUGCGCCGUGCUGCUGUGGCCUGCUUGAGACAGCUUGCCCAGAGGGAAGCUGCAGAGGUGUGUGAGUAUGCUAUGAGCUUAGCGAAGAGAGCAGGAGACAGCAAAGACAACACUACAAUCAAUCUGAACAUCACAGAGACUGGUCUGGAGGGUGUGUUGUUUGGCAUGCUGGAUCGGGAGACGGAUAGGAAGCUGUGUUCUGAUAUUCAUGACACACUGGGCCACAUGCUGUCUUCUCUUGCUGUGGAAAAGCUUUCACAUUGGCUGAAACUCUGCAAGGAUGUCUUGGCAGCAACUACAGGUAGCUCUACAAAAACUACAGAUGUAGGUGGAGCCGUUGUAUUCGAGGUGGAGAAGGAUGAAGAAGAUUCCGAGAAAAAAGACGAGAUGGACGAUGACACAAUGUUCACAGGCCUGGGGGAAGAUGACAAAACCAAGCCCUCUGUGGCUCCACGCUGGGUGACGCGGGUGUUUGCAGCUGACUGCUUGUGCCGCAUCAUCCUGCUGUGUGCGAAUGCAAACAAAGCGCACUUUGACCUGGCAGCUGCCCGCUCUGCACAAGCCAAGAACGUCAAAGGAGAUCUGCUGGUGCUCCAUUUGUCCGACCUCAUCCGUAUGGCCUUUAUGGCCGCAACAGACCACAGUAACCAGCUGAGGAUGGCUGGCCUGCAGGCCCUGGAGGAUAUCAUUAAAAAGUUUGCAUCCGUACCAGAGCCUGAGUUCCCAGGGCACGUUAUCUUGGAACAGUACCAGGCUAAUGUUGGAGCUGCCCUCAGACCUGCAUUUUCACCUGAUACACCAUCAGACAUAACAGCUAAGGCAUGCCAGGUGUGUAGCACAUGGAUUGGUAGUGGCGUAGUCAGUGACCUCAAUGACCUGCGGCGAGUCCACAACCUGCUUGUGUCAUCACUGGACAAGGUGCAGACUGGGAGGGGCUCCUCCUGUCAGCUGUACAGUGAGAGUGCCACCACAAUGGAGAAACUGGCUGUGCUAAAAGCAUGGGCUGAGGUGUAUGUGAUGGCAAUGAAGAUUAAAAAAGAGGCAGAGUCUAAGCCUGCCAAGCCAGUCCGAAGUGGAGAUGACGAUGAAGAUGAGGAGGAUCUGGGUGUCGAUGUGCUUCCGCCCGACAGCCUCAUCACCUUAGUGCAGCCAGAGCUGCCUUCACUGAGCCGCCUCUGGCUGGCCAUGCUGCGAGACUAUGCUCUGCUCACUUUGCCUGCUGAGUUCUCCAGUCAGCUGCCUCCUGAUGGUGGAGCAUUUUAUACUCCAGAGACUAUAGACACAGCAAGACUCCACUACCGUAGCUCAUGGGCUCCUGUACUGCACGCAGUGGCCCUGUGGCUGAGCAGCACCGGGUUUGGAGCAGGACAAGAGAAAGAAGAGGUUCCUUUAGCUCCCUCGAAGACUUUUGCCCUCCCGCAAGGAGCCUCCUCCCCCUCAAAGAACUUUGAGGACUCAGUCAAAGACAGGAUGCAUCUGAUGUUGGGCGUCAGUAUUGAGUUUCUUUGCUUCCCACGGCCCGAGGAGCCUAUUGAACACGUGGUGUCCUGCUUGCAGGCACUCUGUACUCUGCUAGAAUCUUCUUGUGCUAAGACCCACAUCGCAGAGGACCAGCUGUUGGCGGUGGAGCUGCUAAACGUGCUCCACAGGCUGCUGUUGACCCGGGAUCCUCCUGCCAUUCAGCUCCAGGUCACAGCUGUUGUACAGGAGACCAUCAGGGCUGCACAGGACCAUCUGCAACAACAGAGGACCAGCAAAGGCAAAGAGGAAGAAGGAGAGAAAGACUCUCAGCCCAUCCUAGGGGAAGGAGGAGACACAGGGGAGCUCAUCCCAGGCAAGUCUCUGGUGUUUGCAGCUAUGGAGCUGCUUGUCUUCAUCCUGGUCCGCCACUUACCGCAGCUUAAUACACGUAUGAAGGAGUCACCUAGCCAUGUGCCACUCAGGCCUCAGCAACUACCUGAAGAAAGUGCACGCCUGGUGGCUAACACAGUUUCCAUCCUAGCAGAGCUGCCCUCUCUCUGCUCUCCUGCUGGAAGUAUGACCAUCCUACCUACAGUGCUCUUCCUGAUCACCGGGGUGCUGAGGGAAACUGCAGUCAAGACUUCUGACAACUCUGUGCCUGUACCUGUGUCAGCUGCCAUGCAGGGCAUCAAGACCAUCAUCACCUCCCCCCUGGCCCUGCUGGAGAGCAUGCAGACACAGUGGACCAGCCUUGUGAGAAGUAGCCUGGCGUCUGUGCUGGAGUACUCACAGCCAGAUGAGUCCAGACCUGACAUGGAUCAGGUCAGUAUGUUGACAACAAUCACACUCUUCCUGCUUUCUGCCAGCAAUGAACUUGUAGGAGUGACCGUCCUGCAGAAGGGCUGUAUGGACCGCUUCCGAAAUGCCCUCAAUUCCAGUGAUCCCUGGGUUCAGGCCCGGUGUUACCAGCUGCUGUUGUCAGUGUUCCAGCACGCCAGCCGUGCCCUGUCUACCCCGUACAUCCACGCUCUGGCUCCACUCAUGGUAGAGAAGCUGAAGGCUGUGGAGCUCAGUCGGCCAGGGACUGCUGCUGAGCUGCAGGCUGUGCAGGAGGGCAUCAGGGUCCUGGAGAAUCUGGUCGGCAUGGGUGAAGAACAGAACCGGGUGCAGUUACUUGCUCUUCUUGUACCAACUCUUAUCUCAUACCUUUUGGAUGAAAAUGCCAUCUCCUCUGCAUCCCAAGUCUCCGAAGGCCUGCAUGAUUUUGCCCUUCAGAACUUAAUGCGGAUUGGCCCCCUCUAUCCAGCUGCCUUCAAGAUAGUAAUUGGUGCAGCACCUGAGCUUAAAACCCGUCUGGAAUCUGCCAUUCGGGCCAAUCAGGCCAGCAGCAAAGCCAAAGCUGCAGCCAGAAAAGCUCAGCCAACAGUGCAAACUGCACCGACCAUAAAACUCAAGACAAGCUUCUUCUGAACAUGCCAGAAAUGUACUGUACACUCUUACAGCGUAGUAUAAUGUUUUAUUGUCUCUUUUUGUUUGUUUUGUCUGUCAACAGAGUACCAUAUAUAUGUCUGUAUUAACAAGAGCUUCUUAAAUGUACUUAUUUAUUCUACAUCUCAUCUUUGUUUUUUGAUGAAUGAGAUUUCUUCUUGAAGUAAAGAAGGCAAAAGUGUAAAUGUCAUUAAACUUUUGAAUGGUCAUUUUAAAAUCUGUAGGAAAUUUUGAUUGUGUGAAUGUAUCAUUUCUGGAAUGGAUGCACAUUUAUAAAUGGACACAAUUUACUGUUUUCUUUCCAUUAGGUUGUUUCUUUAUUUCGUGAUCUUGUUCUUUAUAUAUGGCCAUCAUCCCUCACUAUCCAUAACGUGAUGUUUACCAUGCCAGUUUGCUCUAUUUUUCCAUCACCUUGAACAUUAUUUUAUUAUUAGAUUCCCUCGUGUGUUCAUUUAAUAGAACCUGUUUUGUAUAUAGCAUCGCAGCCUGUUGUUACUGAUGCCUGUAUUUUUAGGCCUUUUUUUUUCUCCCAGAGACAAGUAAUUUGUUUGCUGAUACAUGGGGAAUAUUAUCCCAUAAUGUAUGUGCUGCACAUCAUACAGAUUGUUGUUUUCCUUAUAACUGAUUGUGAUUCAUAGAGGUGUAAUCGCUACCUCAGGUGGUGAGCAUCAGAUGGCCCUAUGUAAUAUUCCACUGAAUAAAGUUGCUUUGACCUCAC